UCCAAAAUGCUCACCCUGAGCCAGAUUCAUAUCAGAGGACUCUGCCAAGCACGGACGACUAAGAUGGACUACUCUACAAGAACACUAGCAAGGGGCUGCUUUGGAAAAAUAUAUAAGGAGAAAUUCAAUGGCACCUGGGCAGCGAUGAAGAAAGUGCCCUUGGGCUUCAUCUCCAAGGAACAGCUUGACAGAGAAUGCAAAGUAUAUUACAAUGCCAAUCACAACAAUGUGGUUAAGCUUCUUGGCGAUCCAUGGCUGCAAGAUGGAAAGUGGCACAUUCCUCUGGAGUUCAUCUUUGGAGAGGAUCUUGAGACGACCAUAUUUAAUGUACAGAGAUCUAAAAUACAGCUGACCCCAAGGGUGAAGGCCACCAUCAUCACUGGUAUGUGUGAAGGCUUGUUCCAUCUGCACAGCAAAGACAUCGUCCACCAAGAUCUUAAACCUGACAACAUCAUGGUUGAACAUGGUACCCAUCGUGCUGUGAUCAUUGAUAUGGGCCUUGCAAAAUUCUCAUUCAACGGCUUAUCCUCCGCCCAGAAUUUGGGGAAUGAGGCCUACUCCGCACCCGAGAUCCUGCAAGCCAGUGGAGUUCGGGACAAGCGCUCGGACGUGUGGGCCAUGGGCAAAAUCAUUGCUGAGCUCAUCGCAAGGGUCAGGCUGCCGACCAACUUUGUGUCUCCCACCAAAAUCAGGGAGACUUUGAAUGACAGCCCUUACUGCACCGUUGUGUCCAAGAUGGUGACCACCAACCCUUCAGAGAGAGCCUCCAUGGUUGGAGUGAUCACUGAAAUCCGGCGGGCUGGUGUAAUUUUAGGGGCAGAUGUGGUGGCUAAGCCAGGGGCAGGAACAGGACGACCUAACCCAGUUUUGGUGGCACAAGACGUUGCCAGAGGACCAGGGCAUGUUGGCCUAGCUCCAAACCAAAAAUUUCAACGUCUACCAACACCUUUUCCCAAAGCACCAGCAGCUGAAGCACAAGUAGUUCGCAUCAACCGUAACCCGGCUCCACAACCAGAGGCGUUAGUUUCAGGUUCCAACAUAGCGUUUGUCACCGAGUUCUCGAAGAUGUCCAUUCCUUGUCCCUUACCACCAGAUGGAACAGUGACCCAACGACGUUAUGAUGACAAAAGUGGACAGCUGGAGAUCAAAGAGAUAGUCACGAAGAAUGGCAGGAUUGUUAAGUAUGAAGAUGUGAAAAUAAGCAAGUCGUGAAGAUCAGGAAGCUUGUGAAUGGCCACUUUUACUGUUCCUGUAUUGGUACCGAUACAGAAACCUUGACUGUGGGCUGAUAUUGGUACCAGUCCGAUACUCCCUCAUAUGAAUGUCUAGGUAUUAGUUUAUGUUAAAGUCAUGCUACCUGUAGCUACUUCACUUUGUUACAAGCAAUUCUGUGCUAUUUCAGGAUCGACUUCGGACUGGAUUAAUUUCUUUUUUCCUCAAGCCAGCAUUUUUGGAUCAAUACCAUCCCUAAUAUGAAUGGUGGAAUUAUGUUUCUAGGGUGCAGGAGCAUUUGCGAAGGCCAUGGUUGUAGUUUGGAAGUGAGAGUGGCAUGUUUUUUUGUGUUUUGUUUUUCUUGUGUGAGAGGGUUAUAGACCUUCAAGCAGUUUCCUGUGAAUUUAGGGUGAGUCUGGGGAAAAUUGGUGCUAUUGUCUGUAUAGUGAACAAUAUACCUGCAAUACUGGAACCAUCAUAAGUGAGUUAGACUAUAAAAUCACUGUUAUGAGGGAAAAAGAGUGUGAAGAAGAGAGAUGGUUGCAGGUGGUGGAUAUGAAAUGUUGAAGUUAACUGAAUACAGCAAUAAACCUGUGAGAGGUACGAGUGAGUAAAUAUGUUUUCCCUGUAUUUCAUUCACUUUUAAUGAAAUGUGGUGUUUCCAGAAUCUUACAUGGAAAAGAAGAUUGUAUUAUUGCUAAUGUUUUAAAUAUGUACAUAUUCUUUUACUGUAAAAUACAUGCUGUGUAACAAAAUGGCCUACUGUCUCAAUGCCAGGUUUGAAUUGUUUUUUAUGUAUAUAUGUACAUACACAUAUAGUAAGUGUUAGCUCUGUAAUUGGUGUCAUUAGGGGAACUGCGCAGUCGUGUGGGCGGAGCUGUGGUGACAGACAUUGCUGUUUAGGAAGACUACUGACUGUUUACAUGCUUUGCCUUAAAGGAUGUCAUUCAUCUCCUGUCAGAGAUAUUUAUGUAUCGUAAUCAUUCCAAUCAUUCAGGUUGUUCUCACUGUUUUUAAAGCCAUUUGUCCACUGAGCAAUGUGAAAUAAACUAAAAUGAUUUACAACA